UAAUUGCGAGAUCACACUUUCCCUAUCCUUUGAUCGCAACUCAGAGCAGCUGCACAUGCUUCCAGACUAUGGCAUCCAAAAUUCAAAAAUGCAUCAAACUAUUGGCAACCAUGGACAUCCUCGAGGUCGAAUGCAUCAAGCAGAUGUCAGAAUCGCACGCUUCCGCGCUAGCUGGAAGAGAAGACAAGAAGAACGUGUUGUUUUGUCUUCCACAAGAGCUCAGAGACGAGAUCUAUUCUCUGGUUGGCAUCAUAGAGUCGCAACGAGACACCGAGUAUCUGAAGCCUCCACUGUGGCAUCCAUUGCAACUGGUCAGUCGGCAGACCCGAGCUGAGUACCUGGAGUGCAUGAGCACGCAAAUUCUCGUGGGCUAUUACUACGAUGAUGAAGCUGAGCCAAGUGUGUGGAAGAAAUUACCACCUUCCGCCAUUCGACACAUCAUCAUCGAAGGUCCAGAUCCUGGUUGUUGCAACUUCAAGUCCCGAGGAAUUCAAUGCUUUGAUCAGACGGCGGAAGAAGCUCGCGCACAUGCCCCCAACUAUCCCAGGCAUCCAAACGUGUGCCGGGGUUAUCUCCAGCUGAAGAAGCUGCUGCCCAUGAUACCAGAUGUUGAAUGCCAUGCGGUUCGUCAUAGAUGUUCUUGGUGGACGGAGGAUGGGCUGUGCUGGGCACAAAUACUGAAAAGGAUGGAUUGCGCGGAGCUGGCUUUUGAUCGGACUAUGUUGCUGGACUCUGGGACCGACUAUUGUGAACAAGAUUCGGAUUUCAUGGGGAACAUCAGUUGGAGACCAAAUAUGAUUCAAGGCAGCAUCUCGAAGGAAGUCAUCAAUACCGACAUUCUUGCCCCAAGACAACCGAUUCAUCCCUUACAGGAAUGCUAGCAGAACAAACACAAAAUCAUAGCAGAACAAACACAAAAUCAGGCAUCUCCAUAGCACACGAUAGUCCACAGCCGCCAUUCCAAUGCGUUCCGUAUAUCGGCGAGCCGCUGUCGAUCUUUGACGCCCCGCAACUCGCAUGGCUGAACGCCGGACUGAGCGCGAGGCUCUCGAGACAGCGUCGAUUGCAUGCAUCGGCAAUUGAAGGCACGAGAUAAUCAGGCAAUGGCUGAUCAGGACCUCCACAUAGCGGCCACACAUACCCCAGAAAUACCCCACAAGACGACAUGUCUUGGCGCCAGCCCUCGAUACAUAUAUAACCC